GCUGCUAACUUUCUCGGUGCUCUCAACUACAGUACGUGGUGGCAUCCUGUUACGGCGGCGCCGAGAUGAGGCAAAAGAGGAAAGGAGAUCUCAGCAGUGCUGAGCUGAUGAUGCUAACUAUAGGGGAUGUUAUCAAGCAGAUGAUUGAAGCUCAUGAACAGGGCAAAGACAUCGAUCUAAAUAAGUUGAAAACCAAGACAGCUGCCAAGUACGGCCUUUCGUCCCAGCCCCGCCUGGUAGACAUCAUCGCUGCGGUCCCUCCUCACUAUCGAAAGAUCCUGGUUCCCAAGUUAAAGGCAAAACCCAUCAGGACUGCCAGUGGGAUUGCUGUUGUGGCUGUGAUGUGUAAACCCCACAGAUGUCCACACAUCAGUUUUACAGGGAAUAUAUGUGUAUACUGCCCUGGAGGACCUGAUUCAGAUUUUGAGUACUCAACCCAGUCUUACACGGGCUAUGAGCCAACUUCCAUGAGAGCUAUCCGUGCUAGAUAUGACCCUUACCUGCAGACAAGACACCGGAUAGAGCAGCUAAAGCAGCUCGGUCACAGCGUGGAUAAGGUGGAGUUCAUCGUGAUGGGUGGAACGUUCAUGGCCCUUCCGGAAGAAUACAGAGAUUUCUUUAUCCGAAGUUUACACGAUGCCUUAUCAGGCCACACUUCAAACAAUAUUCACGAGGCAAUCAAGUAUUCUGAGAGAAGCCUCACAAAGUGUAUUGGAAUUACGAUUGAGACCAGACCCGAUUAUUGCAUGAAGCGGCACCUAAGUGACAUGUUGACAUACGGCUGCACCAGGCUGGAGAUCGGAGUGCAGAGUGUCUACGAAGAUGUGGCCAGAGAUACCAACAGGGGCCACACUGUAAAGGCAGCAUGUGAAUCAUUCCACCUGGCCAAAGAUUCUGGUUUCAAAGUGGUGGCUCAUAUGAUGCCUGACCUGCCAAACGUGGGACUAGAAAGAGACAUUGAGCAGUUUAUAGAAUUUUUUGAGAACCCUGCUUUUCGGCCUGAUGGUUUGAAGCUCUACCCUACCCUGGUGAUCCGUGGAACUGGGCUGUAUGAGCUAUGGAAAUCAGGAAGAUACAGGAGCUAUUCUCCCAGUGACCUCAUCGAGCUGGUGGCUCGGAUCCUAGCCCUUGUGCCCCCAUGGACUCGUGUGUACCGAGUGCAGAGAGACAUUCCAAUGCCACUAGUCAGCUCAGGAGUAGAGCAUGGCAACCUGCGAGAGCUGGCCUUUGCAAGAAUGAAAGAUCUUGGAAUACAGUGCCGAGAUGUGAGAACCAGGGAGGUUGGAAUUCAAGAAAUUCAUCACAAAGUUCGGCCAUACCAGGUUGAGUUGGUACGGAGAGAUUACGUUGCCAAUGGUGGCUGGGAAACCUUCCUGUCCUAUGAGGACCCUGAUCAGGACAUUCUGAUUGGCCUCCUAAGGCUACGGAAGUGCUCCGAGGAAACCUUCCGGUUUGAACUGGGUGGAGGUGUCUCCAUAGUCCGAGAGCUGCAUGUGUAUGGAAGUGUGGUUCCUGUGAGCAGCCGUGAUCCCACUAAAUUUCAGCAUCAGGGCUUCGGCAUGCUCCUGAUGGAAGAAGCAGAAAGAAUAGCUCUAGAAGAGCACGGAUCUGGGAAAAUUGCGGUGAUAUCAGGGGUUGGCACAAGGAAUUACUACCGAAAGAUUGGCUACAGAUUACAAGGCCCGUACAUGGUAAAGAUGCUAAAAUAAUGGCUUCACCAGUCCCCUUCAUGCAGCAUCCUCCCUGGCAGAAGACAGCGAGUGGGAUCUCUUGAAUGCCCAGCAGAGGCUGAGCAAGUAGAUGGACCUGUACGCCCCCUGGGGAGCGCUCUGCCCUCCCACUGCGACUUCCGCCUCACAGCCUACCCUGCUGACAGAGGCCAAAGCCACCCUCUUUGUGCACCCAUGGAGUCACUUCUGGAUUUGAGGCUUAAAUGAUUUUUCCAGUUUCUAAAUUCUGCAUGAAGGCUGCAGGUGACCCAUUUGGGCUACGAUGGUGUGGCAAAAGCAAACCAACUUCUUUGGCCAUCAUCACUUGUGACUGUUGCCUGAGGGGCAGCUUCGGGAGAAGAUUGUUUAUAGAUCCAAAGCUGAAAGCCGAACUGCAGCACAGAAAAGCUGUCAGACGUGGCUCUCUGGCCUUUAGCUACAUGCACGUUCACCCUAGACUUGAGAAAAUGAGAUUUGCACUGGAAGUCUCAGUGACUGUGCCCGUGUCUUGAAAUGUGCUGUGUUGGGUGAGAAAAGAGCUGAGGUUGUGGUUUGUGUUCAUAAGCUUGAUGCUAGCCGUCACCAGCCCAUCCUGUCAGGAGUCUGCCCUGACCUGGGCCAUCACAGAAGCCUUUGUCUCACAUCUGUGAAUGUCUAUACAUCCGUACCCUGACACCUGCAGGGCUCUGUGAGCUACCUCCAGCGUGCUGGCCUAGCUCUGUGCCAGCCAGUUCAUCUGUCCUGAGGAGACAUGGUCCAGUGUGCAGAACCAGAGCCUCUCGGCCUCGGUCAGAACUAGUCCACCCUCACAAGUGUCUCUGCAUGUUAAUUCUGUAAGGUGUCGAUGGCGCUGCAUGGAGACUGUAGCAGUUUGGCUAGUGUGUGAAAGCAGGCCUGACUGACCUGCGCAGAGGGAUGGUGGGCCUUCCAGAGGCUCCUUCACCAUCCAGCUUCACCUGGGCAUCUGUCGUUUCAUUUCCAACAGUGUUUAGUGAAAGCUGUUCUCUAAAAGGUCUGAAAAAUAAAGUCUUUAGCAUAAAA